UCCUGUCAUUUGUCGGCGCAUGCGCACUUCAUCCUUAACAAACUACAACGGCAGCCUGAGGACUUUAAACUUUAUCUUUUUAAUGGCAGUUUGUCACACAAGCCCCGCAGUACACCGAUGAUUACUGGCUUUUAACGGAGGACUCAACACCAGAUUCGGGUUUUUAAAGAAGUGAUCCGAGUAGUUUAGUCGCUACAGGAGGAUUAUGGUCGCUGGAGGACUCGAAUAACGGCAGAGUGAACCAGCAUCACACACACACACGCGGACAGACAGGGAGAGGAGGUCAUGUGGUGGUUCCAGCAGGGUCUGUGCUUCCUGCCCGCCGCUCUGGUCGUCUGGACCGCGGCGUCCUUCAUCUUCGCCUAUAUCACAGCGGUGGUGCUGAGACAUGUGGAUCCUCUGGUGCCGUACAUCAGUGACACAGGGACGAUGGCACCAGAGAGAUGUGUGUUUGGCAUCAUGUUGGACGUGUCAGCCUUUUUAGGUAUGGCGACGGUGUACGUGCGUUACAAACAGGUGGAGGCUCUGACAGGUGAGGACAAGCUUAGGCUCCACAGACUGAACCGCUUCGGGCUGCUGCUCGGCCUGGUCAGCUCCAUGGGGAUGUGCGUGGUCGCUAACUUCCAGAAGACCACGCUGUUCUCCAUGCACCUGGUGGGGGCGGUGCUGACGUUCGGGGUUGGGGCUCUCUACAUCCUGGUUCAGACGCUGAUCUCGCUCAACAUGCAGCCUCACAUCCACAGCAAGACCAUCUACCUAAUCCGCCUCGGCAUCGGAGUCUGGACCCUGGGCAGCAUCAUCAGCAUGUUCAUAUCAUCAGUCAUCAUGUACAGCAGUCUGCCAGGAGUGGAUGUACCUCACAAACUGCACUGGACUCCUGGAGAGACGGGUUACACGGCUCACCUCAUCAGCACCAUCUCUGAAUGGUUUCUGGCCUUUUCCUUCAUCAGCUUCUUCCUCACCUACAUCAGAGAUUUUCAGAAAAUUACCUUGCGAGCAGAGGUAGCUGUGCAGAGCAGCCACCUGUACGACUGGUCACAUGGAGGUGUCGCCGCUUCACAUCAUCACAGACGUGAAGUCUCUGAGACUUCUCCGCUACUGGCAGGAGGAACGUGACGAGCAGCAGAGCAUCGCACAAGAACUGCUUUUACACAAAUUUUAACUUUUUCUAAUUGUGUUUAACGGCUUUCGAUAGAGGAAUCUGUGAUCAGUUCACCCAAACAUAUCCUCUCUCCUUCCUCUGCUGGUUUCUAUCAAGGCAGAUAUUUUUGGAUUUAUUUGUCAAGGUUUGGAGAUGGCUGUCUUAUUCCAACAGCUGCACUUUAUAUCAGUCAAAUUUAAAGAGUUUUUACUUUAUGUUAUAAAUCACACCUGCUUUUUCUUCCUUUGCGUGUCUGUGAAACCCGUGGUCUGUGGUGGAAAUAUUUUAAAUAUGAGCUAAUGGGAUAAAACACUGAGGAGGGCUGAGUUUCCAGUCUAUUAAUGCUUUAAUAUUUCCACCAGUUAUUACACUGUGUUUUUAUUAAGUUUUUUUUUUUUUUUUUGGGGGGGGGGGGGGUGUUUUUAAGACUUGCAGGUCCUCUCUGCUAGCGAAAUCGAGGUUGUAGAACUGACAGGAUGUGAACAGCUCCCCCUGCUGGAGAAUCAGGAGCCUGAUAAAUGUGAGUUUGUGCUAACCUGUUGUGUCUGCCACCAGAAUAAUUAGACAUUUUAUACUGUUUUUAUACUGUUUAAAUAAUCUAAUAUAAUCAAUUAAUAAAUGCAUUAAAAAAAUAAUGUAUUAGAUUUGCACUGAUAACAGAAAAAUGUAUUAAAAAUGUAAAAAGAAAAAAAAGGAGACAUAAAAUUAGCCAUUUAAUAAUUAUGUUGACAUACUAUUAUUAAACAGUGAUUUAAUAACAGAACUUUAAUAUGGAAUUGAAAAAUACACUUAAACCCUUUUUAAUUUUACUUUUAAUGAUUCCAUUCACUAAUGUAUUUGCCUAUUUCAUCUCUAACAUCUUUCUGUUUUAAAUUCUGCAUUGUUUACAUCUGCGACUAGCUAACAGUCUUUUUCUUCACUUCUGCAAACUUUCACUGGAAUAGUGUGAAACUAAUGACAGGAAUGUGAAUCAUGUUGCAACAAAACGAGGACUCAUUCAUAAAAAACAUGACCACAAAUGGUCAGAAACUGUUGAAUUUGAUUGGUCAGAUUCCUGCUGCAUUUUAAAUCAUAUUCAAUUUUUAGGUGAUAAACUGUUUAAAAAUAGGGAAUUGAAUUGAUCAGCAUUUUUUAACGUACUAAUCAAUGGGUUAUUACAAUUAGACAGUAGUUAAUUUUUCUGAUGGCACACUUCAGACUGCACAGGACCCACUGUCAAUUAACUGAGAACUUAUCUACAAACAAACAUUAAUAUUUAACCAGAUAAAAACUUACUUCUAACCCUGAGCUGUUUGUGUACACUGUACUGUUUACUGAUGUCUGUUCUAGAUGAGUAAUGUAUAACAGACAUCAGACAUCAAAUAAAGAUUAAUUUAUGCUUGUA